GAACAAAGGCUGACAAAACGACGACGUACUAGGAGGCGUGAUAAUAGCGGCCAUUGAAGAUUGCGACUGAGAACAUCGAAGUUCCGUUUCUGGGAGAACACUAUCCCGAAGCUGUCAACAAUGGCGAUUUCCGGCGAUCUCAGAGUCUCUGCAACACUUCCUCUCUAUCGCUCCCACUCGCCUCCACUUCGAACCUCUUCUCUCCCUUCCCCCAAGGUAGAUUUUCAUCCUUUCUUGAAAGGGGCAUGUAGCAUCUCUGAAUUCACCCCAAAAUGCCCUUGCCUAACAAUUGUACGAUGCAAUAAGCGUGGGUAUUGCAAGCCAGUUUCUGCGGUCUUUGGAGGUCCUAAAUUUACAUCAGAUUCUGUUAGCCAAGAAGCCGAGAACUUUCUCCUUGACGCUGUUAAAAUGAACUUCUUUGAGCGGUUAAAUUUGGCUUGGAAGAUAAUUUUCCCAUCGGCAACAUCUAGGAAAACCUCCAAUGCUAGGAUUGCCAAGCAACGCUUGAAGAUGAUUUUGUUCUCUGAUCGGUGUGAAGUAAGUGAUGAGGCAAAGCGAAAAAUUGUAAGCAAUGUUGUGCGUGCUCUAUCAGAUUUUGUGGAAAUAGAAUCACAGGAUAAAGUUCAGCUGAGUGUCUCUGCUGAUACAGAUCUUGGAACUAUUUACUCUGUCACUGUCCCUGUACGGCGGGUUAAGCCAGAAUAUCAAGAAAUGGAUGAAUUUGGGACAAUAACAAAUGUUGAGUAUAAGGACACUGGAGAGAGUUCUGGUUCUGUUGAUGUUAGAUUUGAUUUCUAUGUUGCAGAUGAAAGUUCUUGAAUCUUGAUUUCUUGGUCAAAUGUUAGUGUUUGAAAUGCUUACCAGUGAAAGCCAAUCUGUGGUGCUGUAUAUAUUUUAAAAUCUGGUUCUGUUGAUGUUAGAAUUUUUGUUUUUGUACUACCUAUAUCUGUUAGCUUGGUUUGUUGCAUCAUUGAACUAAAUAUGUUAUGUUGUCUUUUCUUACUUCUUAGCAUUUAUGAUAAGCUUUUGAUUGUUUUGAGUGUA